AUGUAUCGCGUUCCCUAUCAGCUCCUGGAGCUGAACAUUAUCUCUGCCCAGGACCUCACCCCUCUCUCCAAGAACCUCCGCACGUAUGCGGUGACGUGGAUCAACCCGACCCGAAAGAUAAAAACCAGGACCGAUGAGACGGGUCGGGCCAACCCGACCUGGAACGAGAGGUUGGUGUUCCGGGUCAACAAUCGGACCCUAAAUUCGGAGACAUCGUCCAUGAUAAUCGAGAUCUACGCGCAGGGAUGGCUUCGUGAUACGGUGGUGGGGUCUGUGACGGUGCUUCUCAGCAACCUGGUGCCGCCGUCGGUGAGAACGAGCUGCCGGCGGUUUGUAGCUCUCCAAAUCAGAAGGCCUUCGGGCCGACCGCAGGGGAUCCUCAAUAUGGGGGUCUCGCUUCUCGACAAUACAAUGCGGAGCAUGCCGCUCGAUUAUCUGUUGAUCACAACGAAUAAUUUGGAUGGGAAGAAGAAGAUCGGGUUACACAGAUCUCAGACGGAAUUAACUAGAAAACCGGGCGGCGAAAAGAAGCCCAGGGCUGAUUUGGUUUGCGAUGGCUCAUUACCGUACAAUCAAGGCACACUGCCCAACGCUCUCAACGGCGGCUCCAUGGUGAAUGGAUCCGUUUGCAAUUCGGACGUGGGGCCGUCCCCAUCGGUGGUGGCGGCAGCUGUGGCGUGGGGACUCUACCCUACGCACCUCGGGCCGCCUCCAAAGCCCGGAAGCUCGGUGCUGGAGGAUUGGGCAGUGGAGGAAAGGAGCACCGAGGGUGGUUUGAAAUCAGAGAUUGAGAGGUGGAAGAUAGAGAUCCCGCAGGCGCACGAUCCGCGGAUCGACGGCGGCAGGAGGAGGGGAACAGCCGCCGGCGGUCGAUUGUGCACCUGCUUUGGGAACGCCUACGGUUGUGAGUUAACAAUAGUGUGCGGUGCGAAUAAUAAUCGCCGGAGGAAAAAUCGGCAUAGGCGUCAACAACACACGAGCAGCAAGGCUAGCGUGGCACAAGUGUAG